AUGCCCCUUCGAUUUACCCGGGAGGCAAAGUUCAGCGAUUCCAUUCUGUAUAAGUUGAAGCAUAAGCUGAAGCGUUCUGCACGCACCCCUCCUCUGCCAGUACAAUGGACAUGCAAGCAAUCUUACCUGCUCAUCGGGGCGGCUACAGGGCUCUACGGGCCGGUACCCUCGCGCCGCCAUGUCACUUUCCCCGGCAGCUCUCCAGAACUGCAAUUCGCGGCGUGGAAUAACCGAUGCGACCGGGGCUUGACGUUCCUGACACCGGGUGCGAGGGAUGGUAUGGAAUGCAAGUAG